AUGACGUUAGAAGAAAUUCUGAAGUUGACUUAUUGGUGGUGCCAGGAUCUCGAUCAGAGACAAAUUAAACAUGAACUUGGACUUGGAGAAAGCACGGGGGUGGACUGGGACAGUUUCUGUCGCGAAGUAUGCGAAAUAACACUUCUUGAAAAUAGCGAAAAACUAGGCGGAAAAGGAAAGGUUGUUCAGAUAGACGAAAGUAAAUUUGGCAAAAGAAAGUACCACAGAGGACAUCACGUUGAAGGGCAGUGGGUGUUUGGAGGUAUAGAGGAGGAAAGCAGGAAAUGUUUUCUGGUGGCAGUCGAGAAGCGAGACGAAGACACACUGUUGCCCAUUAUUCAAGACUGGAUUGAACCGGGAACAAUUAUAGUGUCGGACUGCUGGAAAGCGUACUCCAAACUCGAGGCGCAUGGCUAUGAACACCGAACAGUGAACCACUCUGUAGAAUUCGUGAACAAAGACGAUGACUGGAAACCAUGCCGGGGAGAAGUUCUGCAAUCAAUACCAGAACCAAACAAUGCUGUAGAUAAAUACGCAGUGUGUGUCCUAAAAGAUGGUGAAGUGGUGGGCCAUUUGAAGAGAGGAAAACUUGGACGCUUUGCUAAAACAAUCUUCUACUUUCUUGAAGCAGACCAGCAUAGUUCCUGUAGUGUGAUCAUAAAAGCCGACAAAGCUGUUAACUUUGGGGACGGAGAGGGGAUGCAAGUCCCAUGUAAGCUGAGAAUCUCUGGUCAAGAGAAAUUUGUCAACAUUUUGAAGAAGGAGUUGGAACGCCUUGAGAAGUGA